AUCCGCUCCGUCUGUGGAGGGAGACAGAAGCUGGAAAAAAAUUCUUAGUGGUUAUAUUUUUCCCUUAGGGUCUGAUAUAAAGUCCAAUGGGUGAAGUUCGCGACAUUUGCAUCGACUCGUCCACGUCUCCUGCGGCUGACAGUCCUUUCCACUCCGAGACACCGGUUCCUGCCAUCUUCAAGUACAGCAGAAAGAAGAGACGAUUGGCUGAAGCGUUGAGUUUAUCUUCCGCUUUCGAUUGCGUGGACCUCUUGGCGUACGAGAGAGCCUCCUUUCGUCCGUCACGACAGCCGUUUCAAGGAGUCGCUUCUCUUGGCUCCGACGACGAGAGAUACCUCAGCCUAACGGGCGUAUCUCGGGCCAUGUUUCGCUGGCUCGAGUGCCUCCUGCAGUCCCACUUCGUUGGCGACAGGCCUCUCUCGGGGCCGGACCAGCUGCUCCUCACGCUCAUGAAGCUCCGGCUGGGGUUGCCUCAAGUGGUCGCCGGCUGCCUCUUCGGCGUGUCCAAGGCCUACGUGGCCGACACGUUCCCCAAGGUCGUCGCUCUUCUCGACCAGGUGGCGACGUCUCUCCUCCGCUGGCAGAGGAAGAGGACCGUCCUGAGGAGCAUGCCGGACGCCUUCAAGAAGCAGUUGCCUUCGUGUCGACUCCUGCUUGACUCCUUCGAGGUGACGAUCGACCUGCCCGACGAGAGGAAGGACGAGGCGAGGCACUUCCGCUCCUCGAGGUCGGGGUCCUUCGCCUCCAAGUACCUGCUCGGAGUGGCUCCUCACGGCCAGAUCGUCCUGCUCUCCGGAGGCUGGGGCGCCAGUGUGGACAAUUAUGAGUUGGUGAAGGAAUCCGGACUCCUCCACCUGCUGCAGGAGGGGGACGUUGUUUUGACGGAUAUCCUUCCCCCUCGCCACGAGGAGGGCUUCUGUCCCGUAAUCGAUGGCCUUAAAGAUGUCGUGAAAGCUUUCCCGUCGAGGAAGCAUCUGAAGGGGAAGGAGGCGUCGAGGACUUGCGAGCGCCCUUGGAGAAGGUCAGGGCUCGUCUCCGCUGCUUCAGAAUGCUGGAUCACUUUAGCUUGGGCGUCCUUCCGCUAUCGAGUCAGAUUAUGAGGGUAGUUUGCGGGCUCUGCAAUUUAAUGGAUGAUGAAUAAAGUUCACGCAUUAAGAUGUUCUAAAUGUAUAUACCAACAGGUGCUAACUUCCGAAUAUAAAUAUUGCAUAUAAACUAUAUACUAUAUGCUUUUAUAUCGAACAAUCGAUUGAAGAAUUAAUAUAUUUCAUAUCAUAUGUAUACACGCUUAUAUGUACACGUAC